UUCCUGCGACCGUGGAGGCAGUCGGGCAGUGUCAUAUUCUUCCCCAGCCCCACGCAUUUUUAUAAAUUUUUUCGCUCCCCAAAGCCGUCGCCCCCCGUCUCGCGAUCGAGGCUUCGACCAUUCGCUUAACCUACCGCUAGUCUCGACUUCCGUUCCCUCCUUACCUUCCAUUCCGCUUCUCUUCCUCUCAGGCCGCUCCCUUUUACUUUUCUUCGAUUGCUUCCGUCUUCAAUUCGAUCUUGAAAGGCCUCGGGCAUAUCCGACUGGCGUCGCCGAGAUCGGGGAACUAGGGCUGUCUUCUUGUCGCUCGGGGCUUUUCCGUGAUCCCGGGAGCGAAUUGGGAACCGUCAAGAUGUUCUGGCGCAUGACCGGAUUCACUCAUGCGUCGCCGGUGGAUUCCAUGUUGGAGAAGGAAAGGUUUACACUUGAAGAUCUUCUUGAUGAGGAUGAAAUAAUCCAAGAGUGCAAAGCUCUCAAUACACGCCUUAUAAAUUUUUUGAGAGAAAAGGCCCAAGUGGAGAAAUUGCUUCAUUAUAUUGUGGAGGAGCCUCCUACAGAUGCUGAUCAGAAACAUAUUUUCAAGUUUCCGUUUAUUGCAAGUGAAAUAUUCACUUGUGAGGUUGAUAUAAUAUUGAGAACUUUAGUUGAGGACGUUGAGCUGAUGGAUUUGUUAUUCUCCUUCAUUAAGCCAGAUCGGCCGCACAGUACAUUGCUCGCUGGUUACUUCAGUAAGGUUGUGAUAUGCCUGAUGAUCAGGAAGACAGGUUUGUUCAUCAAUUAUAUUCAGGGCCAUGUAGAGAUCAUUGGUCAACUUGUUGACCUCAUUGGUAUCACAUCGAUAAUGGAGGUAUUAGUUCGUUUGAUUGGAGCAGAUGAAAACAUGCAUUCCAACUACGUGGAAGCAAUGCAAUGGCUGGAACAUGUUGAUGUUCUUGAUAUGAUUGUGGAUAAAUUUAGCUCAUCGGACUCUCCAGAAGUCCAUGCCAAUGCAACAGAAAUUCUGUGUGCCAUUAUUCGAUGUGCCCCUCCUGCUCUUGCAACUAAAAUUUGCAGCCCCAGUUAUGUGGGGAGAUUGUUUUGUUAUGCAUUGGAAGAUUCUCGACCAGAUUCGGUGCUAUAUAAUGCCCUGUCUUUCUGUAUAUGUUUGUUAGAUCCUAAUCGGCUGGUAGCAUCUUCCUACCAGGCAUUUAGAAGCCAGUUAAGUCAUGGAACAGUUGUUACUGCUAGCCAAGACACAGUGGAGGGAAUGUUGGAUAGACUAGGUGAUUUACUGAGGUUAUUGAAUUUUGAUUCAUCUGUUGGAAUCUUGCCUACCACAUAUGGGAAACUCCAACCUCCUCUUGGAAAACAAAGAUUAAAGAUCGUGGAAUUCAUUUCUGUGUUGUUGACAAUUGGGAGUGAAGCGGUCGAAAAAGAACUGGUCCAAUUGGGAGCAAUAAAGCGUGUGAUAGAUUUGUUUUUUGAGUAUCCGUUCAAUAACUUUCUGCAUCAUCACGUCGAGAAUGUUAUUGGAUCAUGUUUAGCUGGUAGGAGGGCUCUGAUAAUUGAACAUAUUUUGCAUGACUGUGACAUUGUCGGCAAAAUUCUUGCUGCUGAAAAGCAGUCUUCCUUGUCAACUGAUUCUGUGAAGGCUACAGUUUGUGCACAGGGACGAUUGCCCCCAAGAAUAGGGAAUAUAGGUCAUAUUACACGUAUUGGAAAUAAGCUUAGUCAAUUGGCAAAUAGCAACAGCAUAAUCAAGGAACACUUGCAGGAAAACAGUGAUUGGAUUGAUUGGCAUAACUUUGUCUUACACAAGAGGAAUUGUGUGGAAAAUGUUUAUCAAUGGGCUUGUGGGCGUCCCACGACACUACAUGAUAGAGUUAGGGAUAGCGACGAUGAUGAUUUCCGAGAUAGGGAUAUUGAUGUGGCAGCAUUGGCUAGUAAUUUGAGCCAAGCUUUUCGAUAUGGGAUUUAUGGCAAUGAUGAUACCAAAGAGGCGCAAGGGUCUUUUGAACGAGAUGAUGAGGAUGUUUAUUUUGACGAUGAAUCUGCAGAAGAAGUUAUUUCGUCUUUGCGUUUGGGGGAUGAUCAGGAAAGUUCACUCUUUACCAAUUCCAAUUGGUUUUCUUUCGAAAAUGAUAAAGAGGUCUGUGAUCAUAUCACUGAUUCCCUUCCUUCUUCAUCGAAUUUGGAUGAGAUGCCAUGUGAUGCAGAUGAGAUCAAUGAGGUUGUGCUGGGUGAAAAUAAAGAUCCGAGCGAAACAGUGAGUUCAUUGCAAAUAACAGAUGUAGUGACUACUCCAGGAGAAAAGGAAGCUACAAUUCUUAGCAAUGGUCCUGUGAGUGAAUCCAUAGCAGAUACUAGUAACUUGGAUUCAGGUCAGGAUGAGAAGCCACAUGAGCAGGUUGAGUGUAGAGAAACAUUGGACUGUGAAGUAUCUGAUAUAAAACCAACUGCCCAUAUUCCAAGUAGUGAGCUUGAAAUGGAUAAAAAUGCAUGCCUCAUGGAAGGCGUUGCAGUAGAUACAGACGAGUGCCAAAGUUCAUCUGGAGAAGCAGAAACAGAUGGGCAAGAUGUGGAUACAAAAUCAACUAAAGCUGUUGCUGGACAUGGAGGAGAGUCUACUGACGAUAGUGGACAUGGAGAAUUAUCUGGAUCUCAGAUUGUCCCAGAACUGUCCGAAAGUGAAGCUGCGGAUGAAGUCUCAGAGCUCAAGCAGACAACUGGCAACUUGAGUAAGUGAAAUGUGGUUGGACAGUGUUUUUCCUUCAUUCAUUACCGAUGCAUGGGCCUGUCGGAGGUUGUAAAACCAGAGUUUUACUCGCUAUCUUAGAAGCUCAUCGUUGAAGGCAGCUUAUUCUACAAGCACUGGUAGAUUGUUUCAUCCACUUGUACUUCCUACUGACACAGGGGAGCCUUGCUAACAUCUGAAAGAACCGGCAAUAUGCUCUUUUUGUCUCUUUUCAUUGAAUUUUUUUUUGGGUUAAUUUAUUGCCAAUGGUAUUUCUAGCUUAUCUUGUUCGUUUUGGUUCUUAAUCGUCAGCCAUUUGCACGUGUCAUGCGUCAAAAGAACUACUAUGUCUAUGGCGAUUUCAUAGCUGUAGACAGCGGUUGUUUGUGUGCAAUUUCUUGCAUGCUACUUCGUUGUCAUACUUGGUGCGUCCUUUUUCUCCUGCUUCAUUUGUAAUUUGACGAUUCUUCUAUAGCCAAUAGGUGAUGGUGCAAAUAGUUCGUA